AUGUGGUUAUUACGAGGCCGCGGGUUGGAUUCGCUGCUUACUUCUCUGCUCCUAUUUCUCACAUUCGCAUCGUAUGCUGUAGCAUCAGCACCCGCCUCCUUCUGCAAAUGUACCUGUUUCAGCAAUAGCACCAUCAUCCCCCUCGAUCCCCCGAAACCCGAAUCCUCCUCUUUCGCGGGCAACCUUGCCCGAGACAUCGCAGACCUGGUGACCACGGAUAAUGAAAAGCGAGCCAACAGCUACCAAGCGCUCAGCUGCAACGACUGUAAUCGGAAAUUCUGCCUGGGAUAUGACUUGCCCGUGUGCAAGGGCGCGAAGGAAGAUGAUGUUGUGAGCACGUGUUUUCAAAGGGAUUCGAGAAAGGACGAGGCUAUUGUGUUCAUUUUUAUAUUCGCGACGAGUGGGUUACUCGCGUGGGCUCUUUUUAGGCCGUGGGUUCAGAAGUGGCUUGAAGCUGCUAGGGAAAGACGACAGUAUAUUCCUGUCACGGAGCCCGGUGAUUGA